CGAAUAGCUUGCCAUGAGCAAGUUGCAGAAGCUCCGGGUCUUCCGUUCAUUGGAAGAGAUGAUAGGUAGAGACCAUAAGGGUAAGAACAUCUUCUUUAAAAAUUGAAUCACGUUACUCUCAGCAACAACAAUCCUAGAAACCGCCGGAACAGAAGACAGCCGAGACUAGAAACCAUCGGCGUUAAGGCUUACAGCUGAAGUAGUCCUACUGUGGAAGUAGUCGGAACAAGCAACCUAGAUGCAAAUUGUAGACUAUGGGAUGUUUUGAAUCAUCAAGUUGUUUUUAACUAAUUAAGCAGGUCAAGUUGGUUUAACACUCCUUCAUACAUCCUACUCAUGCUCCUGCCUAGCUAUUAAUAGGAAGUUCUAUUUGUUGGACAAAAACUGAUCAGCUUCACUGGUAACAUUAAAACUUUCCAGGGCUCAGUUGUAAACGGUCAAGGUAUUAUCCAAUUGAUGGUUUGACCAGUUUAUCCUUCCAUUUGGUCCAAAUCUUUUAUUGACAUUGAUAGAGGACCAAUUUGGGCUUUUAUUAAUUUUGGAAGCUAGGGAUUAAAUUUUGAAAGAGAAUUAAAAAUAAAGAAGGGUGGUUUGGGCCUAAGAGAUGUAUAAAAGGGUGUCAUGGGAGAUUUUCCAUCCGAAGAAACUAGAUUGCCAGUUAAUCCCUAAUUUGAUGUAUGCCACCGGAAGAACCCACAGCCUUGGAGGAGGAGGAGAAGAUCCACUGUACGUUGACAUACCAAAGCCUUGCAGGAGAAAAUCAGAGAGGAAACCCUAUCCGACACCCAUGAAAGUACUAAUUCGAAGGGCAAAGGCAGAGAGAGAAGCAAGAAAGGCAGAACCCUGCAGGAUGCUUGAAGAAGCACCUGAAAAUGGCUUACUUGUUCCUGAACUAGUUGAGGUGGCUCAUCAAGUGUAUCAAGCGAGAGGAAAACUCCUUCAAGGACUCUCAAAGCUCUUGGAUGUUGUUCCUAUCAAGCGUUGCAGGUUCUGCUCUGAAGUUCACAUUGGUCAUGUAGGCCAUGAAAUUCGCACCUGCACUGGUCCUAAAAGUGGUUUACGGAGUGCCACACAUGUUUGGAGAAGAGGAGAGAUUGAAGAUGUGGUGUAUUUCCCCAACUGUUUCCACCUACAUGAUCGUGUUGGGAAACCAAGAGUUGGGCAUGAUGAGAGGUCUAGAGUUCAGAGGCUCCCUGCAAUUGUGGAGCUUUGCAUACAAGCUGGUGUAGACCUCAAAGACUAUCCCACCAGGAGAAGAACCAAGCCUGUUUAUUGGAUGGAUGGAAGGAUUGUGGAUUUCGAGUCAGAAGAAGAAGAAGAAGAUGAUGAUGAUGAACUGAAUGAAGGGGAUUCAAGGUCAGAAGAACCUAAUCUGCAAGCCCAAUUAUCAGAUGACAUGGGAGAGAACUUGAUUGAAUUGAGCUUUAACACACUGGAGUCGUGGUUUGUAAUAAUUUCAGGAGCUAAGGAGAUCAUGAAGAAGUACAAUGUGCUAACUUGUGGGUAUUGUCCUGAGGUUCAGGUGGGGCCUAAGGGACACAAGGUCAGACUGUGCAGAGCAUCCAAACACCAAUCCCGCAAUGGUAUGCAUGCAUGGCAAGAAGCAACCAUAGAUGAUCUGAUUGGGCCUAACUAUGUGUGGCAUGCAUGGGAUCCUCGUGGGCCCCCUUUGGUGAAUGACCUCAAGAGGUACUAUGGCAAGGCUCCUGCUGUGGUGGAACUCUGUGUGCAGGCAGGUGCACCAGUUCCAGAUGAGUAUAGGAGUAUGAUGAGAUUGGAUGUUGUUCCUCCAGAUCGUGACGAAGUUGAUCUUGUUGCAUGAUUUCAUUAUCAGGGGUCAGUGUAAAAAAGCUCCAUAUUUUGUAGCUUUGGGAAUACCAUCUUUACUGUUGGAGGGCUGGAGAUAAUGUCCAUGUCACCUGCUGAAGAUAUUUAAGUGUUAAUCUGUGAAACACCUAUGUUUCCUGCAUGCUAUCUUCACCCAAUAUUAUGAAAUUAAAAUUAGUGCCAUUACACUGUUCCAUCAGCCAGUGCUAAUUGAUCCACCGAUAACACCAAUUACGUGGGUUGGUAUCCAUGCUGCAACAGUAUAUAUGGGAGAGGUCAUGUUCGCCUCUUUGGGUGUGCAUCUAAUGGUACUGCACUGGAAGAGACUAUUUCAAAUCCUUUGUUUGCCUUAUCAAGUUGAGAUGGAGAGCCACUGCCCCAGUCGUAUAUUCUUAAUAUGGUUCCUGAGCUGGUACAAGCAUUUGUGGUUGUCAUUCAGUGUUGGAAGGUACAUUGUAUAAACUAGCUUCAAAUGUCAUGAAAAUAUUACAAAGUUUACAA